AUGAGUGGUUUUGACGGUGAAAAGUAUAUCCCAACAAUUGACGCCAUACUUAGUGUGUCCGAUCUAGAACAAGUCUCUGUAAAGAGAAUAAGAAAUGCUUUACAGGAGUUGUUUGUGGUGAAGUUUGACGAGAAUAAAAAGCUGGUUAGUGAUUUAAUACUUGAGCGCUACCACAAUUUGAUGGGAGAAAGAGAGGAACAAAAAAGAAGACAAAAGGAAAUAGAAGAGAAAGAUGCCAUACUAGCAGCCAAGUUGCAAAAUGAACCAGAAGAUGCCACAAGGACUAAAAGAACGAGUAGCAAGAAUAAACUCGCUGCAAAACCAGCGAAGAAACGCAGAACAGUCAGUCCAUCUGGUAAUUCCCUUUCAUCACUAGAGUUGAAUUUGAGCCCAAAAUUAUCAGAGCUUUUGGGUGAGACUAGAUUACCUAGAACUCAAGUAGUUAAAAGGGUGUGGGACUAUGUCAAAGAGAAGGAGUUGCAAAAUCCGAAUGACAGAAGAGAGAUUAUUUGUGAUGAUAGAAUGAAGGAAAUAUUUGGUAAGAAAGUUACAAUGUUCCAAUUGAACAAAGUAUUGAGCCAGCAUCUUUACAAAGAUGAUGAAUGA